UUGUUUGUGUUUGAAAAAACCCUAGUUUAAUCCAUAUAUGUGUUUGGAAAACAACAAUUUAAACCAUUUGCAUUUGGGGAAAAUGCAGGUUUAGUUCAUAUUUGUGAACUGAGAGUGUCAGUUAAUUGGUAUUUUAACUGGAAAACAGUUGGUUUGGUCCAUAUUUGUACAGAAGAAAGGCAAAAAAAUGGUUCAGUCCAAAUAUUUGAACCAAACAAUAGUUUUUAGCGUGUUUGUGUUUGAAAAAAACAUAGUUUAGUCAAUGUAUGGGUGGAAAACCAGUUUAAUGCAUUUGCGUUUAGGAGAAAUGCUGGUUUAGUCUGUAUAUGUUUGAGAGCGUCAAUUUAAUUGGUUUUUCAACUGAGGCACUGUUACUUUAGUCCAUAUUUAUAUAAAAGAAAGGCCGUUUCUGGGGAGAAAAAUGGUUUAGUUUAAAUAUUUGUUUGUGUUUAUGUUUGAAGAACCAUAAUUUAGUCCGUAUAUGUGUGGAAAACAACAUUUUAAACCAUUUACAUUUGGGAUAAACACUCCAUAUAUGAAUAAGAGUGUCAGUUUAUGUGUUUUUAACUGGAGAAUAAUUGGUUUUGUCCAUAUUUAUAUGGAAGAAAGGCAGUGUAGUCCAUAUAUUUGGACCAAACAAUAGUUUUUUGUGCAUUAAUGUUUGAAAAAACAUACUUUAGUCCAUAUAUGUGUGCAAAACAACAAUUUAAACCAUUUGCAUUUGGGAUAAACACUCCAUAUAUGAUUAAGAGUGUCAGUUUAGUCUGGUUUAGUCCGUAUUAACAACAGUCUAGUCUUUGCAUUUGGGAGAAAAGCUGGUUUUGUUUAUGUUUACAUGUGGAGAAACGCUGGUUUACUCUGUAUAUUUGUGGCAAACACCUGUUUUUAGCGCGUUUGUGUUUGCAGAAAUGUAAUCUAGUUGCAUGUUUUAGUCCGUACGUGUUUGUGAGAACAGCAUCCAGCUGGUUUUCCUCCAGCGCAGGAGUGUAGUAGUGAAACUAGCGCACACGGGAUGUUUAUGAGAACAGCAGGAGAGGAAGAGAGAUGGAGAGAAGGCUACGCAAGCGCUUCUGCCGUCUCUUAGCAUACAUGCGUCUUAACUCGGUUCAUGGUUCGCGUUUGGCCACCUAAUUACCCGGAGCAUGGGCUGCGCCGCCUCCAGAACGCCAGUAGUGGCGGGCGACAGGUUGCGUGUGGACUGGAGCCCGAGGAGUUCCUACUCCGACCUGGUGCUCUUGGGCAACACGCGGACCAGUUUGGCGCACGGCCUGGGCGCGACAUUUGGGCGCUCGGACCGUUACCUCAAGGUAAAUGUUGAGGACAGCAGCGACAUGUUACCUAAAUCCAGACGAGCUCUCACCAUUCAAGAGAUCGCAGCGCUGGCGAGAUCUUCACUUCACGGUAUCUCGCAGGUGGUCAAAGAUCAUGUGACGAAGCCCACGGCGAUGGCGCAGGGCCGCGUGGCUCACCUGAUCGAGUGGAAGGGCUGGUGUAAACCUACCGACACGCCCAGCGCCCUCGAGUCACACCUCACGUCAUACUCGCAUCUGUCCGAGGGCGAGCAGGAGGCACGUUUCGCUGCAGGAGUGGCAGAGCAGUUCGCCAUUGCAGAGGCAAAGCUUCGUGCCUGGUCUUCAGUGGACGGUGACGAGUCUAAUGAUGAUUCUUAUGACGAAGACUUUCUACCUGCAAAUGAGCCUGUUACACAGAGCACAGAUCUGUCCUCGUACCCUCACUACCUGCGGGAUCUCCUGCACACUCGGGUGUGUCAGGCUCACCUGCGGGGGCGUGGCCUGUGCGAGGCCGAGAGCGGUGUGGGCGCUGACCUCUCACCUCCCGUGGGCUCGCCGGGGUCACCGUCAGACACGCUCUGCUCCAGCAUGUGCAGUUUGGACGAGAGACACCCGCUGCUGCGGGACCUGGGGCGUCACACGGACGCGCCCGCCGCCGACCUCACCGCCAAGAUCCUCGGUGCUCUUCAGGGAGGGGAGGAGCUACUGUUAGCCCGCCUACACAGGGCGGGGCACAGGCGAGGCCACUCCCCCUGUUGCUUGGAAACGUUUUCGGAGACAUUCGAAGACGAGGACACGCCUUGUAAGGACUGCGGAGGCUGCCUCCCGCCGGAAUAUUCGGUGCGCAGGAAGGUGUCAGACGUGGCUUCGUCCGGCGUCGUCUCGCUCGACGAGGAAGACGUAGAGGAAGAAGAGCUAGAAGAACAGUGAACUGUGCAUGUUUCUGUUGGACUCCGCCCACUAAUUUGGAUUCAGACUCCACCUUGUUGAUUUGCAUUUUGGACUCUGCAAACUAAUUCGCAUUCGGACUCCGCCUUGGUGGUUUGCAUUUCAGAUUCCCCCCACUUGUUUGUAUUUUGGACUCUGCAAACUAAUUUGCAUUUGAACUCCGCCUUGUUUUGCAUUUUGGACUCUGCAAAUUAGUUUGCAUUCAUUGUCCACCUUGUUGAUUUGCAUUUUUGACUCCAUCCACUUGUUUACAUUUUGGACUCUGCAAACUAAUUUGCAUUCGGACUCCAUCUUGUUUUGCAUUCCUGAUUCUGCAAAUUAGUUUGCAUUCAGACUCCACCCACUUGUUUACAUUUGGGACUUGGCAAACUAAUUUGCAUUCAGACUCCGCCGCCCUGUUUUGCAUUUUGGACUCGGCAAAUUAAUUUGGAUUCGGACUCCACCUUUUUGAUUUGCAUUCUGGACUCUGCAAACUAAUUUCCAUUUGGACUCUGCCCACUUGUUUACAUUUGGGACUUGGCAAACUAAUUUGCAUUUGAACUCCGCCUUGUUUUGCAUUUUGAAUGCAAAUUAGUUUGCGUUCAGACUCUGACUUGUUGAUUUGCAUUUUGGAUUCUGCAAAUUAAUUUGCAUUCAGACUCUGCAAAUCAACAAGGCGGAGUCCGAAUGAAAAACUAAUAAUGCAAAUGAGUUUGCAGAGUCCAAAAUGUAAACAAGUGGGCAGAGUCCGAAUGGAAAUUUGCAUUUGCAAUUACUCUGCCUUGUUGAUUUGCAUUUUGGAUUCUGCCCACUAAUUUGCAUUUGCACUCCGCCUUGUUGAUUUGCAUUUCAGACUCCGCCCACUUUUUUGGCAUUUUGGACUCUGCAAAUUAGUUUGCAUUCAGAAUCCGCCUUGUUGAAUUGCAUUUCAGACUCCGCCCACUUGUUUACAUUUUGGACUCUGCACACUAAUUUGCAUUCAGACUCCAUCUUGAAUUAGUUUGGUCACUACCCACUAAUUUGCAUUUGGACUCCGCCCACUUUUUUGGUAUUUUAGACUCUGCAAAUUAGUUUGCAUUCGGACUCCGCCUUGUUGAUUUGCAUUUCGGACUCCGUCCACUUGUUUACAUUUUGGACUCUGCACACUAAUUUGCAUUUGGACUCCACCUUGUUGAUUUGCAUUUUUGACUCCGCCCACUUUUUUGGGGCAUUUUGGACUCUGCAAAUUAGUUUGCAUUCAGACUCCGCCUUGUUGAGUUGCAUUUCGGACUCCGCCCACUUGUUUACAUUUUGGACUCUGCACACUAAUUUGCAUUCAGACUCCAUCUUGAAUUAGUUUGGUUACUACCCACUAAUUUGCAUUUGGACUCCGCCCACUUUUUGGCAUUUUGGACUCUGCAAAUUAGUUUGCAUUCAGACUCCGCCUUGUUGAAUUGCAUUUCGGACUCCGCCCACUUGUUUACAUUUUGGACUCUGCACACUAAUUUGCAUUCAGACUCCAUCUUGAAUUAGUUUGGUUACUACCCACUAAUUUGCAUUUGGACUCCGCCCACUUUUUGGCAUUUUGGACUCUGCAAAUUAGUUUGCAUUCGGACUCCGCCUUGUUGAUUUGCAUUUCGGACUCCGCCCACUUGUUUGCAUUUUGGGCACCAGUGGCUCUCGUCUUAAUUCUGUAUUUUCGAAAACACUGACUCUUUUGUUCUCAGGCUCACGAAAAAAAAUGCAUCUUGACGAACUUAACGGAGGAACGCAAGACUGACGUGGACCUCAUUAUCAUGCAUGUGUCGCAAGUGCCGAACUGAACGUAAAGUCCUAAGUGUUCGGAUCUGGACGUUGUUUAGCACGGUUUGUGGAUUUGGCUGUUGUGUAAUCCCGCUCCUUAUGUGACGUCAGGCCCCAUUGCAUUCUGGGUCUUGAUCACAUGACGCCUGUUCCCUGGUCCCCGGUUGGCAUGGCUUGCUGAAUACGUCAAACUCAGCAUCGUUUAUGAAGCGAUGCACGAAUGCCGAAUGUUUAUACGGUGACGUUUCAAACAUAGAAUGCGUAAGAAUACCGACGAUCAAGUUAUGCUGUUUUUCUAUUAUUAAUUUUGAUUAUAUUAUUGAAUGGAAUGUUUGCUUUUCACCCGUUUGGUUCCUCAGACGAACACGAUGAAUGUUUAGGAGUCAAGUCGGUGAAUCGUAAAUGUGGGUCAGUCUGAAGGACUUUGGGAGAGUUGCUCUAUUUUUGUACUGUGUGGUUUUUGCGGUGAAUUUGGACUAAGUAACGCUGUGGUUUGUUCACAAGAUGCUUGUUUAUUGCUUUCUCUCUCUCUCUCUUUCUGUCUCUGAAUUAUCACUGUGUGAUAUUGUCUACAUCAGGAAAAAAAUAAUACUAAUGUGAAAACGAAA